GCUGGGAAGUAGAAACCCUCUGAGAAGGAGGUGUGAGUCGACCACUCAGCCGUCGACAGAGGAACAGCUCCCUCACGCCUGGUGAUCCAUCCCAGAAGAGUUUCACCUCAUCAACCAAUAGACUGAUUGAUCCGAGGCCUCAGGAGUCAGAAGGUCGACUGCGGUGACAGCUGAUUGGUCGACGGGGUCGGGGGCCUCCGGAAACCAGAUCAAAUGAUUUCAAAUCGGAUAAGAAGUUUGAUCUGAUCAGUUUUCCACCAGAUUAACUUGAUCUGAGUCCUGAAAACUCAUCCAGUCGCUGAGUGACUGAUUUGAUUGGUUGAGUCUGAUUAAAGGCGAGCGAUACGGAUUACCGGAUUGGACGAUUGAUCAGCUGUGUCAGUUGAUUGCUCGAAUCGGAAGCUUUGCGUUUGAGCCUUGUUGCCGUGACGAUGAGCGGAGCCGGGGACGUGGUGUGUGAAGGCUGGCUGCGAAAAUCGCCACCGGAGAAAAAGUUACGGCGUUACGCGUGGAAGAGGCGAUGGUUCGUUCUGCGAAGCGGUCGACUGAGCGGAGAACCGGACGUUUUACAGUACUACAAGAACCAACAGUCCCGUCGACCAAUCAGGACCAUCAACCUGAACCUGUGUGAACAGGUGGAUGCCGGCCUGUCGUUCACAAAGAAGGAGCUGGAGAACAGCUUCGUGUUCGACCUGAGGACGGAGGAGAGAACCUGGUACCUGGUGGCCGAGUCUGAGGAGGACAUGAACCGCUGGGUGUCCUCCAUCUGCCUGAUCUGUGGCUUCAACCCGACUGAAGACGUUCCAGAGAGACCUCGUGUGUCCGGCCCACCCUCCGUCACCGCGGUGACCCCGUCCAGUGGCAUGGCUGCCAUCUCCACGGCAGCAGGUUCGGUCCCGCCCCCCUACGACCCGGUGAGCGUACGACGCCUGGAGCCCGACGGCCACACAGAGGACAACUACCUGUGGUUGUCACACUGUCAGAGUCACAUCAGGCCUCCUUUAGGAUCCUCCGUCUCUCUCGAAACCGACUACGACAACCUCUACCCUCCUCCCUCUGCCACCUCCUCCUCCUCUUCCUCCUCCUCCUCUCCGUCCCUUCUUCCCAACGGCCUCCCUCCUCCGUCCUCCUCUAAGACGGCUCCGUGGACAGUGGCCUCGAUGACGGGGCCUCUCAGCCAGUCACUGGACGCCAACACGACCUCUGACCUCCGGAGGCGAGCAGGCAGACCUCGCUGCCACCCCUCUCCCCACCCCAGGAAGCACUCACUGGAUAUCCACCUGCGUCCCGUGGCGAUACCUCUCAUUGAGAACACUCACUCCAACGUGCAUCCCAAUAUGCACUCAUACCAGAUCCCCCGUCCUGCAUCCACGCCACAGCCACGACCCCCCCGCCGCCCCUCCUCUACACCAAGUGUGGACUCUCUAACCCAGACGGAGCUCCAUGCAUCCGUCCCGACUCCUCCUCCGCGCCCGCCAAAGCCCUCGGCGAUCGCAGCCCAGGGAGAGAGCUCAGCUGUGGGCACGGGACCUGCAACGCUCCCCCGACCCUCCUCGGAGUCGGAGAGGAGGGAUGGAUGUGUCGAAGGAGGCGGUGGAGGUCUGCUGAGGAGUCACACCGUCAGUAUACCAGGACGCACGCAGACAGGUUGCGAGUCUUUCUUCAUCCCUCAGUCGCUGUCGGACCGGGCGAGCAUGUUCGAGUUCAGCGACAGCUUCAACAGUUACUUUAUUAACAAAGGCAUGGUACCUCUGGGAAGUGUUUGCUCUGAAGACGUUGAUGUGGAUGAAAACUAUGUCCCCAUGAGCGCUGCCACCACUGAGCCUCCUGUGGCACCAAGGGCGGCUCCUCCCUCUGACUCCUCCGUGCAGCUCCAAGAUGGCAACUACGUGGCCAUGAUCCCCAUGAGCCCUUCCCUUCCCACUCAGCCCGCCACAGGGGAUCUGGCGUCCCUGGGGCGGCAGGUGCCUCCACCCGUCCACAUGGGCUUCCGCAACUCCCCCGCUCCCCUCACCCCGCCCCUCCGGAGGAACACGGUGACCACGGGGACACAGGUGGGGGCCGUGCCGCCUCCGAUCCACCGCGACCUGAAACCACAACGCAGAGUGAAACCAGCUCCUCUGGACAUCACGUCGGUGCAGCAGGACUGGCAGGAAGUCCCGCCCCCUGUCCGCUCACCUGUCACCAGAACCUUCACAAGAGAUCCGUCCAGUCGUCAGUCCUUCAGGCCCAGUUCGUCCCACAGCUCGUCCCCCUCCUCCGACUCAGAAGACCAAGAUGACAGCUAUGUCGCCAUGACGACCUCCAGCCUCAGUUUUAGUGCUGGGGAGCCGUCUCUCAGGCUCAUGCUGCACCGAGGUUCAGAGGGCGGGGUCAGCAGCCCGUUGCUACGGCGAGCCAGAGGUGACAAACAGGUGGAGUACCUGGACUUGGACCUCCACACCGGACGAUCAACACCAUCGAGACAGAAGCGUUGCACGGCAGCAGGUGGAGGCAGCUGUGACAAACAGGCCGGAGCUGGCGAGGAGCGUGCACGGGGGGAGAGCACGCGUGUGGACUACGUGGUGGUGGACCCCAAAAGAACCAAGGCCCUGAGGAACACCAGGGAAGCGUGGCAUGAUGGGAGGAUGUCCACGGAGAAGGACAAAAGCUAGAAGUACUCGUAGAGGUUAUCGAGAUGCUACUUUUGGUGCCCACUUAAAACCAAAUGAAAUUCUUGUUUAAAAACUAGAAUUACCACCCUGCGUUUGUUCCAAUGCAUUUUUAGUCGACAUAAAUCUUUUCCAGAUUCAUAUGAGGUCACUGUGACCUUCGACCUCAUUUUUAUUACUGAUGCAAAUCCUGCAAGUCUAGUUUCUAAAACUUUGAAUAAUCACACCAGUACAAAUCCAGCAGCGGUAAACAAGUACAGUUGUAAAUGACUCUGUAACUUUAGUCUCCCAACAGGAAUCCAAGCUUUAGUCGGAGAUGUGUUGUUUUAAACUGUGUUGAAAAUAAUUCAUAAUAAAUGUGGUGCAGUGGGGUGGGGGGGGGGGACACACCCUGUAAUCAUCAAAUCAAAUCUGAUGAAUCAUUCAGUUGUUCUGUGAUACAGAACACAAAGAAAUGAAUGAAUGAAUAAACCUAAAACACCACUCUCUGGA